AUGAGAAGCCUUGCCCACGAAUCUCCAGCGCAAAAAGCAGCAGCUUUUUCCUCCCCAGCUCCUUUCUGCGUCGGCGGCGAAGAGAGAGCUCUGCUCCCUGCUUUUUUAGAAAAUGGAUUUGACGUGGCCGAACAUGCAGCUAGCCGUGCGACCCGCACAAGGGAGGGACUGUUCUCAGUAGGAGGCUGGACUCAGAGCGGCGCGGCGCCCGGGGCUGUUUCAAAGGAUUGCUCUGGUCCCUUUUGUCCUCUGUCCCUCCAGCCAUGUGAGGACACAGCAUCUGUGGCAACAAGGAGCCAUCUUGGGAGCAGAGAGCAAGCUCUUCCAGACACUGAAUCUGCCAGCACCUUGAUCUUGGUCCAGCCUUCAGAACUAUGUCCAGAAGGCUUCUUGGGGGAAUAUUGUCAACAUCGAGACCCCUGUGAGAAGAACCGCUGCCAGAAUGGUGGGACUUGUGUGGCCCAGGCCAUGCUGGGGAAAGCCACGUGCCGAUGUGCCUCAGGGUUUACAGGAGAGGACUGCCAGUACUCGACAUCUCAUCCAUGCUUUGUGUCUCGACCCUGCCUGAAUGGCGGCACAUGCCAUAUGCUCAGCUGGGAUACCUAUGAGUGCACCUGUCAAGUCGGGUUUACAGGUAAGGAGUGCCAAUGUACCGUUGCCUGCCUGUCUCAUCCCUGUGCAAAUGGAAGUACCUGUACCACUGUGGCCAACCAGUUCUCCUGCAAAUGCCUCACAGGCUUCACAGGGCAGAAGUGUGAGACUGAUGUCAAUGAGUGUGACAUUCCAGGACACUGCCAGGAUGGUGGCACCUGCCUCAACCUGCCUGGUUCCUACCAGUGCCAGUGCCCUCAGGGCUUCACAGGCCAGUACUGUGACAGCUUGUAUGUGCCUUGUGCACCCUCGCCUUUUGUCAAUGGAGGCACCUGUCGGCAGACUGGUGACUUCACUUUUGAGUGCAGCUGCCUUCCAGGUAAGGAGCUCCCUAGUGUCCCAGGAUUAGGGGACAAACCCCUAGCACAGGAGGUAGUGGGUGUGGCUCAAUUGCUUUUUUUAGGAAGCGCAAGGAAAAAGGGAAGUGAGAAUUUUGUGUGGGGUGGGUUGCUAGUGAGGGAGGAGUUUUAUGGGCCCACUGUGGUCCAUAAACUGAGCAGGGGAUAAUUUAGCAUGUCAGGGUUUAUGAUAAUGAGUGGCUAGAAAAUU